AUGAUGAAUUAUCACAAAUUAAAAAAAGGGUAUGGUGAUAAAAAAAACAGCAAUAAAAAUAAUAAUGAUCAUUUAUCAAACUUAACAGAUUUAAAAAUAAAAAAUGAUAAUAUACAUAUUCAAAAUAUUAUAAGAACUAUAUAUUAUGUAUAUACAAAUAAAUAUGAUGGAGAAACUUGUUUUUCGUAUAUAAAAGACGUAUUGAAAAAUAUAAUAAAAGGGGAUGUAUAUGAUGUUAAAAGAAAAAAAUACAUUAAUGAAUAUUGUAUAUAUGAAUUGUGUUCAAGAAUAAUUUUAAAUAUAAUUAAAGGAAGUGAAAAAGAUGAUAAUUUUAAUAAAAUUAUGGAAUUUUUAUUUGAUAUAUUAUAUUAUUGUGAUAUAUUACAAAGUGAAAAAAAGAAUAAACAAAAAAAAAGAAUAAACAAUGGUGGAUUAGAUAAUUCUGAUGAUGCUAUACAGGAAUAUGAACUUAUAACAAAACUAUGGAAUAGAUUAUUAAAUAAUAUAUUUCUAAAAGAUAAAAAACAAAGAAUAAAUUUAUGUAAAGUUAUAAAAUGCUUAGUUAAAAAAGCGUGUGCAUUACAAAUAGAUGUGUCAAAUAAAUUAUGUAAAAAACAUGUUAAUAUAUUUUUAUCACUUCUUAAUGAUAAAGAUCAUAAUAUUCGAAUUUUAUGUUUAAACAUUUUAGAACCAUUUCAAGAUUUCAAUACCCGAGCUAGCUAUUUAAAAUGUCUUGAUGAUAUAAAUAAUAAUGUUAGAAUAAAUGCAAUAAAAAAUAUAUCAAUCAAUGUUGAUGAUGUUACAAAUGCUGGAGAUACAACAGGGGGUGGAAAUAAUUAUGAACUGUUAAUAAUUUUAAAAGUUUUUCUUGUUAGAAUUAAUGAUAUAAAUCACAACGUUCGUAUAGCUAUUUAUGAGAAAUUAAAAAAUUAUUAUUUUUAUAUUCCAUCUGAUAUGAAAUUUGAAUUAUUAUUAUCUGGUCUUAAUGAUAAGGAUAAAUCAGUUAGAGACAGUUGCUAUAAUAUGAUUCUACAUUGGGUUCAACUAUUUGAUGAUAAAGUAGAGAAUCUAUUAUUACAUCUAAUUAGUAGUGAUAUAGAUAAUGAUAUUAUUGUUGAGCAAAUAUGUAAGAUGCAUCUACACAAUGUAAAAAAAGGAUCUAUAAAAACCAUGAGUAUGGAUUUUAGUGAUGUUAAACAAGGGUAUAGAUCUACUUAUGAAGAUUUUAAAACUAUUAAUGAUAACCUCGAAGAAAAAGAAAACAACAAAAAUGAUAAAACUAGUACAAACAAUAAUGAGCUUGAAAAUAUAGAAAAAGACAAUAUCGAAAAUACAGGACCAUUUAAUGAAGAGUGGUUCAAUAGUUGUAUAAAUAAUUUGUUUUCUUUAAACACAGCAGAAUUAUAUAUGUUUAGAAUUUAUGUACAACAUUUUUCAACAGACCAAGAAAAAGAAAAAAUCGAUGCAUUAAAUGUAGUUAACACUAUUUAUUAUUAUUUAAAUUUAAGCAAAUUUAAUGAAAAAUUAUAUUAUAGUCGAAAAAAUUAUAUCAAUUGUGUUGAAAAUGAUAAAAGAGAUCAAGAAGAAAAUGUUAAUAUGAUUUGCACAUGUGGAAAAAAUAAAAUAGAUAUUAAAAUGUUAGAAGAAAAUAGAAAGCAAAAUUUUAUUCGCACUUUGAAAUUUGAUGAUAAUUAUUGUGAUAAAUGUAUUUAUUAUAGAGCUGUAAAAAUGAUGAAUCAAGAAUUUGAUGAAAAUGAAAUCAAUUCUGAUUCGAAUGGAAUCAAACAUAACGAUAAUAAUUCUUGUCCAUAUGAGUAUGUACUAAUAAAUGAAGAUAAUAUUAAUGAAAAUUAUCAAUAUAUUUGUAAUAUUAAAAAUUUACUUUUAUUAUGUAAAUAUAUAGAUAUAAUCGAAAUAUAUCAAGUGGAAAAAAUUUUACAAUGUUGUUCUACUAUAUUAUUAAAAGGUCCAUUGAGAGAAAUUAUAAUAAAAUGUAUGUUAAAUAAUACGGGUGUAAAUUAUUACAAACUUCAAAAAGGGCAUAUAACAUGUGCUUAUUGGUUAAGCAACAGUUAUAUAUAUUCGUGUUUAGAGUUACUAAAACAAAUGAUAUAUAUUAAAUAUAAAAACUUAAAUCCUAAUGAAAUAGAAAUAAAUUUUACGAAUCACAUUUUAACAAUUAUAUCAGAAAUUAAAGAACCAUUCGAAAAUACUGAUAAUGACUCUGCAUUUAUGGAUAAUAAAAUUAACAUUACAAAACAUUUAGGUGAAGAAGAAGAUAUGGAUCUUAGUCCUUACGAAAGACGACGGAAAGAAAAUGAGGAAGAAAUGAAUUCUGAAGAAUUAGAAAAAAAAAAAAAUAAAAAAAAAAGGAAUAGUACUGAUAUGAUUCAAGGAGUUUAUGAUAUCAAAGAAAAAAAGAAAGAUGCAGAAAAAAAAAAUUCACUUAGUAUAACAUUUAGUAGUAUUAUGAAUGUAGAAAAUGAUGUUAUAUUUGACAUUAUUCGUAAAAAAAAUUUGAAUACGUUGUCUAUAGAACAUUUAUUAUUAUUGUGUAAAAAAAUGCAGCACAAACUUGAUGUGACCGAAGCCAAGAUAAAAGAUUUAACUGAAAUGGAACGAGAAAGAAAUAGUGAAAGUAUACAAAAAAGUAACGAAGGAAAUCACUAUAUUUCUGGUAAUAACAAUAAUAACGCUCUAAAUCAGGUAGAUGGAAAUGUGAUUUCAGUUUUCCACGAACAGAUUAUCAUGAAUACACAAAUAUUUUUAAAGCAAAUAACAAUGUUAGGAUUGUUAAGAUUAGAAUUAAAAAGAAGAUGGUUACGUAUUUUAUUUAUUUUAGAAUGUUUUUUAUGCAAAAGUAAAUCUCAUUGCUCAUUUGAUUCAGGAUUAAGAGAAUUUCCAAACGAACUUUUAUUACCAGCUUUAAAUUUUUGUUGUUCUAUAAUGCCAGAAUGGGAUGAUAAAGAAAUUGAAGAUCAAUUUUAUGAUAUAAUUGUAUCUAAAUGUUUAGGUAAUUGGUGUAUGUUUAUUAAUAAUGAUGAUGAAUUAAAAAAACAAAUUCAUGCAUAUAAAACUGCUAUUGUAGAUACAUGUGAAGUUUUAAAUAAUUGUUUAUUAAAUAUUGAAAAGGUUCAUGAAGAUAUUUAUCCAAAUAUAUACAAAAAAGCGAACAUGGACAUAAUGAAUCAACUUGAUGGGCGAAUAGGAAAUGGUGGUAAUUAUAAUAUUGAUGAAGAUAUCCAAAUAGGAGGAAAAAAAAAACUAGAUAAUGAAGAAGGGAAAGUAGGAAAUAACAUUUUUUAUGAAUAUAAUCCACCUAAUGAAGGGUUGUUAAAUUAUUUUGCAACAAAUCAAAAUGCAUGGUAUGAUUAUAAAGAAUUAUUAGAAAAAUUAGAAAUAAAUACAUUAAGAUGUGAAAUAUAUAUAUGCGUGUUAGGAGAUUUAUUAAUGACGCAUCCACAUUUAGGUAAUGAUAAAUUAAUUAUCGAAGCAAUAGAAAAUUUAUGGGAUUAUUUAUUUGGUUCUGUAAAUACAAGUAAAUAUAUUCAAUCCAUUUCUUUACGUGUUUGUUGUAAAUUAUUAUUAACAGAAUAUUUAGGGAAUUAUAUUUAUCAAUUAAAUAAUGAUGCUUUAUAUUUAUUAAUAAGAAAUUCAUCUGGUAAAUUAAGAGCACUUUUUGAAAUGUGCUUUUUAUUAUCUCCAUCAACUUAUAAUUGUGUUCAAGAUUUUAAAAAAAUAAGUACAUAUAAUAUUACUAAUAUUAAUUGUCAUGAUAAAAUGUUUUUAUUAUCUAUUUUUUCAAUGUAUCCAUCUAUGAGUAAUACAAAUAUGUUAGUUUUUCAUUACACACUUGAAGAUGUAAUUAUAAAAACGAGUGAAGGUGUUUUAAAAUACAAACUGAAAACAACAAAUUUUACAAAUAUAUUAACAUUUAUGAUAUUUACAAUUUUACAUAAAGCUAAUAUCGAAUUUUUAUGUUCAAACUUUCCAAAAUAUAUUAAAUGGAUGUUAUUAAUUAUUAUUGAAAAGGGAAUAGAUUUAACAAGCAGAUCAAAUAUAAUACAACUUGUAUACAAAAUUAUUCAAAUAUAUCUUUUCCACAAUAUAAAAGAAAUGAAAAAUGUUACUAAAACAAAUGGUUAUCAAAAUAAAGAAGCUAAAAAAAGGGGACGUAAAAAAAAACAAAUAAAUAAUAAUACAUAUAAAAUAAAUAACACAGGAAAUGAUGAUAGUGAUUCUGAAAAUGGAGAAACAGAUUUACUUGCAGAUUGUAUAGAUGGAAUUGAAGGUGAAAAUAAUAAAACAGAAAAUAAUAAAGACAAUUCAACUAUUUUUUUUAAAAAUGCACAAAAAAAUGUAAAUGCUGCUUUAAAAGACUUAAGAACAUUCUAUGUGUUAAUAAAUUUUUGUAUGCAUUCAUCUGAUAUUUUAAAAUCAAGAAAUGAAAUUAAAUAUUGUGAAAUAUUAAAGGAAAUAAUAGAUAAAAAAAUAGAGCAAACAAAAAAUUAUUUCAUAAAAAAAAAAUUAAUAACUAAUAAUUACAACAAUGCAGAAAAUGCUGAUACUAUGGAUACAUAUGAAAAAGGAGAAAAAAAUGAAGAAAAUACAUCAAAUGGAAAUAUUUUAAAUUUAACCGAAUUAAAUUCAUUAAAGGAAGAAAAUAUUUAUGAAGAAAUCAUUAUAGAUUAUUCUAAUUAUAUUGAAAAUAUUACAUCAAGAACAUUUUCUUAUCCAAUUGUUCCACGAGCUUCUUUUCAUAAUAAUGAAAGAAUGACAAUAGAUGAUAUUUUGAAUCAAAUUAAUUCGUAUAAUGUCAAAAAAAUCAUAAAUAAAAAUGAUUUCGAAACCCCUAGAACUACUGUUAGAACAAAUAAUGAAAUUGCUAAAAAAAAAAUAAAUAAACAAGAUAUACACACAAAUAUAAACAGUGAUCAUGAUAAUUAUAAAGAAUUAGAAGAACAUAAUUUUAAGGAUGGUGAAUUCGAAAUAGAAAUGGAAAAAGAACUCAAAAUAAAUAAUAAUGAUGAUAUUCUAUUCGAAUCUCAAAAUAUGAUAUCUAAUCCUAAAUCUACUAUUCAAAAUAAUGACGAAAAAAAUAUAGAUACUUCAAAUUUUAUAAAUAGCAAUGUUAAUCUAGAAAAUGAUAAUAAAAUUGCAGAAAAAAAUAAUGAAGAAAUUAAAAGUUGCAAUAGAACAAGUUCAAUACAAACAAACAGCGAUAAAGUAUAUAAUACAAGACGUAGUAGUUUGAGAAUAUCUGUUCAGAAAAAAAAUAAUGAUUUAUCUAAUAUAGAUAAAGAAAUAAAAAAUAAUAAAUUAUAUGAUCUUAAUUUAACAUCCAGUGAAGAUACACCUGUUAAAAGUGAAAACUCAAGUUUUAUCGAAUAUAAUAGUGAUAAAGAUGAGUCUGAUAUAAAUGAUAAUAAUAGUUACAGUAGUUCUAAUAGUAAUGAUUCAACAGCUAUGACAUUUAGGCGCCUCAAUAAGCUCAGAAGAACAAGUUAUACAGAUGUUAUUUCAAAAUAA